UUCAAAAUCUGAAGCCAAAGAUCUGCUGUGCAUUUUCGCUUUUCUUUCUACAAAACACCCGAAUAGUGACUUGCUAAAACGUAUAGAGAAAUGUAAAGAAGGAAAGUGGCGAAAUGCGUCUGCUCCUGCAGCAACAAAAAAAUUAACGAAACUGGCUAAGUAUUUUCCUGAAUUAGCUUCAUUGCUUGAUUCUAUGGACAGUUAUUCUUUAUGUGAACCUGAGAAAAAAAGAUUGAAGUUUUCUAACGAUGAUGAGCCACAAGUUUCUGAAAAAACUUUCGUUGAUUUUGGCACUCAAGUUGAAAGAACUUUCGUUGAUUUCGGUACUCAAGUUGAAAGAACUUUCGUCGAUUUCGGCACUCAAGUUGAAAGAACUUUCGUCAAUUUCGGCACUCAAGUUGAAAGAACUUUCAUCGAUUUCGGCACUCAAGUUGAAAGAACUUUCAUCGAUUUCAGCACUCAGGUUGAUUUACUUAAAAAAAAAGCUUGCGCCGAUUUUGGAUCUCAA